AUGAAGAAAGCCUUGAAAAAGACUAAGAGAGCAGUUAGUAGGAAACUGCUUAAGAAAUCUGACAAGCAUACCCUGGAAGCAGCUACGGAUGCACAAGAUGAUGAACGAGCAAGAGCCCUUGAAGCGAGUGAUGCUAGUAUCGUUAAUGAUGAACUUAAGGUCAACUUGAACAAAAUUCAAGACGAGAAAACUAGACAAUCGAUGGUGCCCGAAUUUGCCGAGGUGAUAUGUGAAUUUCGCGAAUCGUAUAACACAUACAAUCCGUUUGAAAGCUAUAGCCCAAUCAAGAUAUUUCAAACAGUUGAAGAUGAAGCAGAAAAUGAUAUAGUUGGUCAAGAGGGGAUAACUGACUUCAGCAAUGAUAUGAUCGAGAGUUUAAAUAAUAGAUCUGUCUUGAACACAAUGGAAGGAGACGCUUUUGCAGCUCAAAUUCCAGAAAUUACAGAGGAGACAAGUGAACACCUAAAAGAUGAAGAUCCUGACGGUCAUCAACUACCGAUUUGUGAAACAGCUGAUGUCAUGUUUGAACAUGAAGAGGUUGCAAGCGUAGCCCCUGAUUCCUUUAAAAACGAGCAAGGAUUAAGACAGGAAGACCAAUGUCACUUAGAUAAAAAUCAUAAGCGAGAGAAGUCUAGUGAUGAGCUUCUGGAAUGUAGUCAAGAAGUAAUCAAGGAAAAUCCUCUAAAUAAUACUACAUCGCCAAUUUAUGAACCUCAUGAAAAUCCAAAGAGAACUUUUACCUCGGUUUGGUGGAGAAUUUUUUUAAGGUGCUGCUACUAA